AUGGGUCAGUGGCGGUGGGUAGGAGGUAGCUGUCGGGAGGUGGUUGGUGGGGGUAGGGAGGAGGUGACGACCGGGAGGCGGCAGGCAGGAGGUGGCAGCCGGGAGGGCGGCUGCAAGGGUCGUCACGGGCGGGGACCGGAGCAGGUGGUGGCACCAAGGCAUGGGUGGGGGUCAGAGCAGGUGAUGAUGGCUGGAAGACAAGAUCCGCUGGUGGGGGAGCAGGGUCCACGACCUGCUGCGAGCUGUACAGACUUGCAAAGGCCGCUGACCCCCCCCUUUUUGCUUCACCCCCCAGCUGAUCCAACUCAUGGUGCACCACCUCCACCUCCACCUCCACCUCCACCCCAGGCUCCACUUCCACCCUCUGGAUCCAAUAAGGCUUGA